AUGGUGGUGGAUGAUAUCAGGAGGAAUAAGCCUCGCACUAUGGGUGAACUUAACUUUGAUGGAAGUUUGUUGGGUAAUCUUGGUCAUGCUGGUGCGGGAGGAAUUUUUUGGGAUAGCUUUGGCAGAGUUCUAGCCACUUAUAAAGUGUUCUUGGGGGUAACAGGUGUAUUUGAAGCUGAAGUUGAAGGGUUAAUGGAGGGGCUCAUGCGUGCUAAGGAAAUGAAUUUCAAUCAGCUGUGGGUGGAAUCAGAUUCCAGUGCAGUGGUUACUUCACUUCAUCAAAGGAAAAUUCCUUGGUUCGCCCUUCAGAGAUGGUCAACGAUAAUCUCUCACAGUUAUAGAGAAGGGAACUCUAUUGCGGAUUACUUGGCCAGGGAUGCUGUAAAUUCGGGAGUAUCUGCUGAUAAUAUGACCUUACCGUCGCACAUUCAAGAUAUGCUAGCUAGAGAUGCUGAAGGAAGACCUCGUUAUCGUUUUUGA